AUGAUUGUAGGCUCUUUGAACAUUAGGGGUGGAGGAAGCUCUUUCAAGAGGAACUGCAUCAGCAAGAUUAUCAAGUCAGGGAAUGCCGAUAUUUUUCUUUUGCAGGAAACGAAGUUGGAAGUUAUAGAUUCUGUUAUUGCAGGUAGUUUGUGGCAAAAUGAAAAUGUGGGGUGGUCUUUCUCAAAGUCUGAAGGCAGGUCGGGGGGUCUCGUCAUUCUCUGGAGGGAGAAUAUCUUUGAUCUAGUUUUUUCUUUCAAAGGGACUGGAUACAUUGGGAUCAAGAUUUGGUUGAAGGACAGUUACUACUAUAUUUGUAACAUAUAUUCUCCCUGUUCUUUUCAAGGCAAGAAAGAAUUAUGGAGAGAUUUUCUCUUGCUCAAAACUAAAUAUGCUGACAGCGAAUGGCUGAUGGGAGGGGAUUUUAACGCUACGAAGGAUAGCAGGGAGAGGAAAGGGAACUGUAUAGGUAGGUCGAUGGAAUCUAAUUGCUUCUCCUCCUUCAUCGACAAAAGCAGACUUAUCGAUGUCCCGAGCAGUGGCAACAAGUUCAGUUGGUAUAGUGGCGAUGGCAGAUUCAUGAGUAAAAUAGACCGUUUUCUGGUGGAGGACUCUCUUAUUUGUAGAUGGGGGAUUGUGGGUCAGCGGAUCGGGUCUAGAUCUAUAUCCGAUCAUUGUCCGGUGUGGAUUAUUAUUAACAAAGAAAAUUGGGGUCCCAAACCUUUCUUGGUGAAUAACUCUUGGUUUGAAGACAAGGAUUUUCUGCCUUUUGUUGAGAAGGAGUGGGAGAAGUUAGUCGUAUCGGGCAGAGGUGAUUAUAUCCUUAAAGAAAAAUUGCGAUUACUGAAAGAUAGUCUCAGGAGGUGGAAUUUAGAGGUGUUUGGUUGA